AAUAUUUGUCGUUGUUUUGUGUUGAUAAUUGAUUUCCAAUAAUAAAUAUAUACAUACAUUUGCAUAAAGCAAGCAUAUUUGCCCACUCCCAUGUUGAUAAGAGUAUUAAAAACUUGAUAAUUCUUCCUUAAAGGUACAUGUUGAACAGAUACAAAAUGUGAGAUAAUUUGUGAUUACAGUAAUCACAACUAUGGACAAUCAUGCGAUUAAUCGCGAUUCGAUUGACAUCUCUAGUGUUUUUACAAUGUGGUAUUUGUACUUUUACUUAAGUAAAGGAUCUAAAUGCUUUCUCCACCACUGUCGGAUUAUCAUUAAGCAGCAUUUUAAUGUUUUAGCUAGUCGAGAUGGAGCUAAUUUAACUAUUUUCCAAACUGUUGUGUAGUUUAAUCUAUAUAAAACAUAGUAUUUUAUUUGUUGACUAUCAAAAUCGGCAGGAUAUUUGCCCACUCCCAUGUUGAUAAGAGUAUUAAAUACUUGAAAAUGUUUCCUUUAAGAUACAUUUUGAACUGAUAAAAAUGUGCGAUUAAUUUGUGAAUAAUCGUAACAAUAAUGCGAUUAAUCGCGAUUACAUAUUUUAAUGGAUUGACAGCCCUAGAUUAAACAGAAUGUAAUUUAGUGAACUGAUGGCUCCAGAGAUAGCUCUUAUGGUUCCCUGCUUCACAAUCUGCAAUAUUUUUAAAACAAUCCUACUUCCCUUUCUGAAUUUAAAGAGCUCCACCUGUUUAACAUGCAGCUCCGCAACAUGCUGUCCCCUCCCCUUCCCAAGUGCUUGUGUUGGGAUAUUUGUGUGGAGGGGACAUCUGCAGAGUUAAUGCAGUAGCAGAGUCACCUCUCCUGCUGCAGGACGGCUCCCCAGCCAUCCUCUGGACUCUGCUGCUGCUGGGCGCUGCCCUGACUGACCCCCAACACCUUUCACCACCAGUAUCACCUGCUGCUCAACUGUCUAUGACGCACAGAUCCAUUCAUAACAGUAUUUUUCUAACAGAUAAAUCUCUUAAAGCUUUUUUUGUUCGAGGCUACCGAGAUGCAGAUUUAUCAGGAGCUCAACGUUUCAAAAAACAAACAGACUUGUUGCUGCUGUAGAUGCAUGAAAUACCACUGAUGUACAUUUCUUGUCGGGAGUAAAUCAUGUUUUUUUUGGGCUGAAAAAGUCAACAAAAAACUGUCCUUGUUUCAGCUGAGGAAGCUGUGGGAGUGAACUUUGCGCAUGCACAGCAGCGUGCACUCCUCACAAUCAAAGAUGUCUGACGUCUGUAGCAGCACCUUACUUGAUUAGAGUUUUCUCACGUUUUUGUGUCAAGAAAUAGAGCUGGAUCCCUAAAAGAGUGAAGGUCUGUGUCUAAAAGUAAAAGCUCACCUUUCAGCUUUGACCAAAAAAUUUUAUCCAGAUUUCUGUCGUCUUUUUUUUUUUUUCUUUCCACAGCUUAUCAUAGAUCAAAUUUAAAUUAUAUCAAGGGGAGGAAUAUCUUUUUUUUUAAAAUAAUGUACUAUUAGCAUGCCUGAGCCCCAAUCUUAAUGAGGGGUGUGUGCUUCAUUCAUGUGUUUGUUUUAAACUCCUGCUCUAAAGGGGAGUCUCCACUCUAUUCCUCUCAUCUCAUAUACCUCACCCUCUGCCUUAGUUUUGGUUUGCUGAUGACUGUAAAUUAAGACGAAACAAACUUCAGUUAUUUGUUUCUGAAAACAGACAAUGCUAAGUAAGGAUAUUAAAGUUUUUCCUUUUAUUUUUGUACGUAUGUGCUGUGCACAGCAGUCUACUGUAUUCCUGAGAUAACAAUAAAAGUUUUUUUUUAACUGGUUGCUGGUAAAGUGUCGUUCUCUCCAUUGGGGUCAGUUGAACUCUGAUGCAACUGUGUAUUUGUCAGUGGUGGAGGAAGUACUUUACACUGAUAUACAGGUUAAUGUGUCCUAUGCUGAAACUCAAGCACCCAAAAGUCUUUUAGCCAGUCAGAUGCAACUCUCCAGUAAAACUGUCCUAAAUAAGGGAGUGGCUCCAUCUGCUGGUGAAAUGGUGAAAAUGUUGAGUUGGGCAGGUGCGUAAAAGCAGCAAACUGAACUUCAAACUCUUAACUAAACGUCCAGUCUACUAAACAAAACUGUAAAAAAAAAUAUUUAAUAUGACGUCUAAUUAGUGACUAAUUGAUUCCUUAAUUAAGAAUUUGGCAGUUUGCAUGAAUUGGAAAUUUAACUAAUAUAUAACUAACAGUAUAUAUUGUAUCCCUGAUUUAAUUAACAAUUAAUGAAUCAUGUUUUAAUGAUUCCGCAUUUAUGUCCUUUUUUGUUUUCUUUAUUCUUUAUAUUGCCCAAUGCACCAUGUUUCCAGUCUAAACAAAAACAAACCUGCACCAGUGGACUUUGGACAAUUAGGAAAUAGUCUUAGAAUAAUGUUUAAGGUGGAUGAGUCAAGACAGUGUCACCAAAAAUAAGAGUCCAGUCUGACCAAGAGCAUCAUCAAGGGAUAAACAGACAGGGGUGGAUACAGUGGCAGCCUUCCGCUGCUGUAAAACCCACACAUCUGCUUUGGGGGCGAGUUUCUUUUUUUCUUUUUUUUUACGCAAAGGAUGUGAGCAGGAGUGGCACUCAGGGGGCUUUAAAUAGGAACUGUCUCCAAACUUUGGGACAACAGAGCAUCUGAGAACUCCCAGCAGCAGCUCGCACAGUGGAAAGCACCGGUUUGCUAAAGAAUGGACGUCAACAGGAGACUUGUCAUGAGGGACACAGUGCUGGCUCUCUUGCUCGCAGUGCUCCAGGGACUUCCUCUGGGUGAAACAGUCCCAAACCCAUCACCUCUGGUUGGAUCCAACUGGGGGAACCCGAGGAGAUAUAUUCACCUGCAGACAUCCACAGACCUCAACAACUUCUACUUGGAGAUCAGAUUAGAUGGCACCGUGCGCAGGACUACAGUCAGGAGUUCAUAUAGUGUGAUUUUACUUAGAGCUGAAACAAGGGAGCGCAUUGCCAUCCUGGGUGUCAAAAGUAGCAGAUACCUGUGUAUGGAUCUGGAGGGAAACCCAUACAGCUCGCCCACCUGCCUCAGGGACGACUGUCUGUUCAACCACAGGCUUCUGGAGAACAACCGGGACGUGUACUACUCCAGCCGGACCGGCAUCCUGUUCAACCUGGAGGGCUCCCGGCAGGUGUUCUUAGCGGGCCAGAACCUGCCGCAGACCUCCCUUUUCCUGCCCAAGAAGAACACGGUGCCGCUGGAGCGCCUCCUGCUGCACCGGGAGAAGAGGAACCAGGUGGUGGAUCCCUCCGACCCGCACAACGUCUACUACUUAGGUCAGACCGAGGAGGGCUCGGACUCUCGAGCCGUGCCGGAGGACGACGCCGAUCUGGAGUUGGAAGUAGAGGUGGAAGUGGAAGUGGAGGCCGGAGAUGAUGGACGCAACGUGUCCAGGGAGACGCCUCUGGCUCCGUCCACCCACGACCCUUGGAACGUGCACUCAUCCAACCCGGCCAGCCCACGGAGCACCGGCACCAUGGGCUGAUGUUAGUGAGGGGGAGUGAUACGGAUGUAUUUACCUUAAUCUAAGUGAGUCCAAGUUUAACAUUGUAGUUUGUGAUCAUAAAGAGAGAAAACAAAACUAAGACUUUUCAGUGACUAUAGGCUAAAUGUCUUUUCAGUCAUCACCCUUUCAGAAAAAAACAGUGUUUAUACACUGUAUGUAAAAAAAUAUUAAGACGUGACUUGCAGCCUUUUUUGCACAAUUUAUAGUGUUAAAACGCGAUUCUUUGAGAUCACUGCAGAUAUAUUAAGUUAAAUCAAUAGGGAAGGUGUGUUUUACCUGGAUUCAGCUAAACAAUAAUGAGCAUUUUGUACAUUCAUAAGGAGGUUUGGUGAUAAAUGGAGCAUAUACAAGGCCUAUUUUCCCCUCAGAAACAGAUUACUGAAAAAGAAAAUGUUUUUUUUUUGUGCCAAGAUGAGUGAUCCAAAUCCAAAUCCUCUCACACUGAGCUACAGCUUAGAUGAGAAAUGGCCAUAAAAAUGUAUUGAAUUAUUCAUGUUUGGUUUUCCUGAAGGGCUACUGGAUUCAUUUUAGUGAGGAUGCAACUGCUUAACAAAAGCAAACAGCUUUAGAAACUAAUAAUCCCAACACAAGUCAGCAUCUGUACAUUUUAUUUUCACAUUGAGGUUUUUACAGCUGGUCUGAGAAACCCACAUUUCAAAGUGACAUUAUCUCAAGACGGAGGCCUAACUUAGCCUCGCUCUGGAGGACUGACGGCCCUGUUUACUGACGUGAAACCGGGCAGACGUGAUUUUCAAACCAAAAUAUAUACAUGAAUAUACUUAAGAGUUGCAUUUAGUAGAGUGUGCCUAUAUUUUAAAGUCCUACGUUUACUGAGUUGGAUGUAGAAGUUUGUUUAUUGUUAGAUUUUGAACCUAAAAUUCCAAAAACUUUUCAAAGAUCACUGCAAUUACAGCAUUUGUUGUGUUGAUGUAUCUGUAUUUGUAUAAUCUAGCCUAAUUCAUGACUUGAAUGGAUAUAUAACUACAGAGUAAACAACCUUUUACAGAGCAGUGAUCUUGAUAUUAAAUCUUGCUAUGUGAUUUUUACAGGUGCUGGGCACCACCAGCAAAAAACACCAAAAAAAAAAACAGUCCCAAAGAGUAUUUAUUUAUUUAAUUCCAUUCCUUUAUUGUUAUUUAU